ACUUCAUAUACCCAUUUCUCUCUCUCUAUUCUUCCAUUCUCAGAUAGCUUUGAUUUGUAUCUCCAUUUAUGGAGAAAGGAGGAUGGGGGUUAACCCUUAAGAGCUCAGAAAGCGUUGAGAUUUUCAUUGAAAAACGGGCAAAGACUCUAAAUGAAGUUGACUUCUUCUCCGAGAAGAAACCGCCGCCGCCUGCGGCGGUGCUUGUGAAGAAGGAGAUGCCGGAUUUGAACGUAAACACUGGGUUAGAGCUUGUGAUGGCUAAUAAUGGCGGAAAAGAGAACCAAUCAACCGUAGAUGACUGUGCGGCGCCGGAGCUGGAACGACGGCCAGCUAAGAGUGAGGUGGGAAGAUUGCAAGGGGAGUUAGAAAGAAUGAAGGAUGAAAACCAGAGAUUGAAAGGGAUGCUUUCUCAAGCCACCGACACCUAUGGCGCCUUGCACAUGUAUUUUCUCACACUAGUUCAGCAACAAACAUACGAGGUGGGGGAUGGAAAGAGAACAGUCACAGCAAGACAGUUCUUGGACACGGCCGCUGCCGGCGGUCAGACAGACGAGGCAUCCCACAAUUCUCGUACCUUGUCGGGGGAGAGAACGGAGUCUGAAUCGCCUGGGAAGAAGGUAGAAGCAGCGGUGUCGAGGUCGCAUGAAGGGAGUAGUAGGGAAGAAAGCGCAGAUUCUGCUAACAAAGUUCCCAGAUUAUUGAAUCCUCCUUCGAAACCUCUUGAUGAUGAUGAUGCUGCUGCUUCUGCUUCUGCGGCGGCGACGAUGAGGAAAGCCCGUGUCUCCGUCCGUGCCCGCUCCGAAGCCUCCAUGAUUAGUGAUGGAUGUCAAUGGAGAAAAUAUGGGCAAAAAAUGGCGAAAGGAAACCCAUGCCCACGAGCCUAUUACCGUUGCACCAUGGCCGUUGGUUGUCCGGUUCGCAAACAAGUGCAAAGAUGUUCCGAUGACCGUGCAGUCUUGAAGACAACCUACGAAGGCACACACAACCAUCCCCUACCGCCGGCCGCCAUGGCGAUGGCGUCGACCACCUCUGCCGCCGCGAAUAUGCUUCUCUCCGGCGCCGUGCCGAGCGGUGAUGUGAUGAUGAACCCUAAUUUCUAUGGAAGAGCCAUUUUUCCAUCUGGUAGCAUUGCUACAAUUUCUGCUUCUGCACCUUUUCCUACUAUCACAUUGGAUCUUACCCAUCAACCCCUCAAUUCUUUGCCUAAUUACACAAGACCCCCAAUUGCCCAAUUCCCUUUCUCUAAUGCCCCUCGAAAUCCUCAACAUUAUGUUUCGCCCCCUCAAGUUUUUGGGCAGGCAGGUUUGUAUAAUAACCACUCAAAGUUUUCAGGGCUACAAGUUUCUAAUACCCUUCAACACCCUUCGUUUGCUCAUGGCGGCGCCACCACGGCUGCCGCCAUCACCGCCGAUCCCAACUUCACCGCCGCCCUUGCGGCCGCCAUCUCCUCCAUCAUCAAUGGUUCACAGCACAUUCCUGCCCACAACAACCCUUCAAGCAAUAGCAACCAGACUAGCAGUUUUUUGCCGGCGAAAUAAUAUUGGAAUUUAAUUUAAGUAAUGUGUUACACUUUUGUCUAUUGCUUAUAACAAGCCUAUUUAAUACUUACUGUAAAUUAGGGUUUUUUUCUCCUCCUUUCAAGAACUUGAAAAUCAUAAAAUUAGUGUCAUUGAGUUUCAAAUAAGAUAUGAUCCAGACCCGAUUAUAUUA